ACAGACGAUGGUGUCGACCGGCCACCUCACGACGACCGUAGUAGUAUCAUUCGAUACCGUGUGACACCCACUGUGUCGCUCUCCUCGGAAACCAUGGCGGAUGUAUCGAGUUGUCCGGCCGCCACACGACCCCACACCCUCGUUUCUUUAUCCAAAGCCUAUGCUGCCUUGGAAGACGCCCCUCGGCAAUGAAGCGGACUCUUACAUGGCCUCGUUUGUGCCGGACAAUCCCAUCUGUCUCCACUCACCCAUCACCACCUCCUGUCUCCUCCUCUCUCUUCUUUUUCUUCCUCCAUUCUUCGCAGAGAGGGGAGGGAGGGACGGAGAGACAUGGGUGCGUGUGCUACCAAGCCGAAUGCAACGGAGGGAGGAAGCGCACCUGUGACGCGGGAGGAGACGAUGCCCGAGGAAAAGAAGGAUGAUGUCGUGAAGGAAACAGGGGGCGGCGGCGACGACGGAGGGGAGACCGACCGCCGGUCUCUCGGCGUUCUGAUGAGCGAGGUGGAACUUCGGGAGGCAGCACCUCCAGAGGAGCAACCCAAGGAAGAACACCCCAUUGAGCAACUCCAAAUCUCUGCAACAACUGUGGCGGAACUUGCAGAAGCUGAGAAUUCAGCUGUGCUACUUGCAGAGCACGAAACAGCAACAGCCGCUGCUGAGAAAUCAACUGCAGUCGUAGAACAACUGGAGAAGGUUGAAGAUGAUGCUGCGAAGCCUGAAACCGACGACAAACACACUGCAAUCGUAGACAAAGAACCUGUUGUAGCAGCUGCUGUUGAACCACUGAAAGGAGACGAUCACGCAGCUGUUGAGAAGCCAAUUGCAGCGGCACAGACGAGCAUAACCACUGCAGCAGAAUCUGAGGACGACCCAAAGAGAGGAGAACCAAAUCCAACAGCAUCGGAGUCGAACGCAUCGGAUUGAGGGGUUUGCUUUUCUCGAGCAUGGUUUGAUCCUCGGUGUUAUCCUCUUGUAGUGUGUCUGUGAGUCUGUUCCUCGUUGAUUCAUUGCAAUCCAAUUUCGAGUUCUCGGCUUCGUCUUC